GAGUCGCGGGUUUUGGAGUCGUGUCACAGGUAUGCGUCGUCGUUGCCGGUAUUAUUAUAGGUGUGAUUUCGUCGUUCACUGUAGUCGCCUUAAUGGAGUAUUCGUUAACGUUCUACGUUUCGUCGCUUUGGCGUUCUUAUGGAUGUAG